GGGCUUAUACGGAAUUCUGAAGUCUUUUGACUUUUUUUCUAUGUUACUGUGAUCAUUUUGUAAAUUGUUCUCUUGAUUUUGCUUCCGUUACUUGGGAUGGUUUUAUUUUUCCCAAGGAAUUCAAAAUUCUUCCCCACUUCCUGAUAAAGUGGUCAAGAAGGGUAGAAGAAGAAACUUCCUUGCUUAUAGAGAGCCCCUUGCCAAGGACCACUAUAAUUCAGUGGUGGAUUGCUGUGGUACUUAGAUCUGCCUUCUCCCAUCCUUCAUUUAAACUUCCAGCUUUUCAAGUUAGAUAUCAUCUAAUUUUCCUUUUGACAUUCUCUGCUUGGGAAAUAAUUUUCAUAUUUCAGAGUGAAUGAUUUUGAUCAGUGCAGAUUUUUCCUGGAUCUGCAUUGUUCAUUCUCUCUUCCUUUCCCCUGGACUUUUCUUCAAGAUGAGUAGAAGUCCCAGUGAGACAUGGUUGGCAAAGGAAAGAGACAGACAGAGAGCACCCAUGGUGAAAAGUCAGAGGAGAGUUCCAGCAACUUUUAAGUGAAAGCAUCAUUCAGCAGAGGAAAUUAUCAGAGAAGGGAAAGAAAUGUAAAUAUUCUUCAACAGCAAAAAUUUCUAACCCAUCCUUCCCAUGCAGAGGAAGAAGUCUUUGGGGAUUUGGGCAAACACUGCCUUAAAAGGCAUGAAGUGUGGGCAUUCUAGACAGUCUCCCUCCUCUUUCUUCCUCAUCACUCCCUGUCACAGAAACAGAAAGUCUUAUGCUGGUAAUAUCUUCCUCCUACACAAAAAUCCAGUGAUCUGUUUUCUUUGCUGUACAUAUAGAGCAAUACUGCCCAUGGCUUUGGGCUCCCCAAGGAUUAAGGAGCAGGAAGGGCAUACCUUAGAAGAUUAUUUAUUCUUCUUAAAACCCCAUACAUUCAAUAUAAUCUCUCCCCAGACUAAUUUUGCUCACAGGAGAGUGGGAUGCCUUGGGAAGACAGAGAGAGAAUGGCCAGGCAACACUGUUACUAGUAUUUAUUAUUCAGUCAAUCAAUACUCAGCAGGCAUUUAUCAAGCAUUUACUAUGUAUGAGGAUACCAAGAAAGGCAAACACAGGUGCUGCCCUCAAGGAGCUUACAUUUUAAUGAAGGAGACAACAUGUAAAUAACCAAGUAUAUACAUGAUAUAGAUAGAACAGAUGGAAGAUCAUUUCAGAAGAGACAGAUUGGGAGCAGAAGCCCCUCAAAGAAAGUGGGUUUGGAGCAGAGUCUUGAGAGAGUUCAGGAGGUCUCUUUAAGAAAAGGGAGAGAAUUCUGGGCUUGAGGAGUAAGUAGUAAAAAGAGGCACCAAGUCAGAGCAGUGAGUCUCUCAUGUGAUGAAGGACAAUAUGAUCAUUGUAUCAGAGAGUGGAAGGAAGGGAGGUGUAGAAAGAUUGGAAAGAAAGGAAGGGGCCAGGUUGUGUGGGGCAGGACAUUCCAGGCAUGGGGGAUUGAGAGGAGAGUCCGGAGAUCAAAUGUCAUUUUGGAGAAACUGCAUAAAAAUUUUUGUUGUUGUUUUUGUUUUCUGUUUUGAAAUUUUAUUGAAUCAUCUUGACACAAAAUCAUUAUAGCAGCUUGUGGUAUGUUUUUCUUUUCUUUAUAAGGGAAUGUUGACAGCAAAUAAAUUCUUUAAUAUAACAUCAUACAGUCUCAAAAUUCUAGAAUCAUUGCACAGGAUUCUGUAAUAGAAAAUAUAUUACAGUGGUCCUGGAUCACAGAAUGCCCAUCCAGAAACUAACCUUUCUUAGGAUUCAGCUCAGUUCCUUUCCUGGCCAUGCCAGCCCACAUCAUUCUCCCCCUUGGGAAAUACUCUCUGGGUAUAAACUGUUUGAGUCUUGAUUCUGACUCAGUAACUGUUGGUCCAUGGGCAAACAGCCUCUCUGAGCCCCCAUUUCCUCAUCUGUAAAAUGGCCAUACUUAUAUGUUAUUGCCUCACAGUGCCAUUGAAGGAGAAGGGCUUUGGCAACCUUAAAGUGCUACAGAGAUAUCUCUGACGCACUGGUGUCCCCAGAAUCAAAUUGUAGAAGAUUCCCAGGAUGUAAUCAAUACAGCACCAAUAUAAUGUGGUCUGAUGUGUUUAGUGGAUGAAGCUGAUGAGAGCCAUUUUUUGAGCUGAAAUCCAUCUGAAAACAUAAAUAUCAGACUUGAACGUUAGAAGGAAGCCAAAGCCAUUUCACAAGUAAAGUCCUUCCGGAUCAUUCCUCGCAUUUUAUUGACCCCCCCCCCAUUACAAUAAAAUAAGACAUUGCACACCAGAUACAAUGGCAAGCAAGAGAAAGUCAACAACUCCGUGCAUGGUCCGGACAUCUCAAGUGAUGGAACAGGAAGUGCCCGAAGAUGCUGACAGAGGCAAAGAUAAAGAAGUUGGAGCCCUCCAGGCUGACGCGAGUAAAGAUGGUUGGUCCACUGAGCCUGAGAGCUCUUCCAAAGAAAGUGAAUUAAUGGAGGUGAAGUCAGCAGUGGAGAAUCAAUCCAAAAAACUCCAGGGGGGUUAUGAAUGUAAAUACUGCCCAUACUCCACACAAAACCUGAACGAGUUCACAGAGCACGUGGACAUGCAGCAUCCUAACGUGAUCCUCAACCCCCUCUAUGUGUGUGCUGAAUGCAACUUCACCACCAAAAAGUACGAUUCCUUGUCUGACCACAACGCCAAGUUCCAUCCUGGGGAGACAAACUUCAAGCUGAAAUUGAUUAAACGCAAUAACCAGACGGUUUUAGAACAGUCCAUCGAAGGAUCCAACCAUGGCGUGACUGUCAGUGGCGGCGGCCUGGGGAGCGGCGACGGUGACCCCGGGAUCUCAGUGAGUAAGACGCCGAUCAUGAAACUGGGGAAACCCAAAGCUGAUGCCAAGAAGGCCCCCAGGAAACCAGAAGAAAGUGGUUCUGAUAACCACAUGGAAGGGAACACCACUGCCCGGGUGGUGACAGAGGCCGCCGAGGCUUUCGCCAGGCUUAAUGGCAUUGAGCUGCUCCAAGACUCCCUAGGGCACGUGAUGCCUUCUGUACAGCUGCCACCAAAUAUUAAUCUUGUCCCCAAGGUCCCCGUCCCAUUGAAUAGUACCAAAUAUAACUGUGCCCUGGACACCAAUGCCACCAUGAUUAACUCCUUCAACAAGUUCCCUUACCCAACCCAAGCAGAAUUGUCAUGGCUGACAGCUGCCUCCAAACACCCCGAGGAGCACAUCCGAAUCUGGUUUGCUACCCAGCGCUUGAAGCAUGGUAUAAGCUGGUCUCCAGAAGAGGUAGAAGAGGCGAGGAAGAAGAUGUUUAAUGGGACGAUCCAGUCAGUCCCCCAGACUAUCACUGUGCUGCCUGCUCAGUUGGCCUCCACUAAGAUGUCCCAGCCCAUCAUCCAGACUGCUUUACCUUGCCAGAUCCUUGGCCAGACCAGUCUUGUUUUGACGCAGGUGACUAACGGAUCAACAGUGUCGUGCUCCCCCAUCACGCUUGCUGUCGCGGGGAUGACCAAUCACGGCCAGAAGAGACCUUUACCAAAUCUCCAAGCAGCUCCAGAGCCCAAACGGGCCCACAUGGCCCAGGUUCCUGAGCCCCCACCAAAGGUAACCCCCAGCAUACUGCCCACGACAAAUGAUCGGAAAAAGACAAAAGAGCAAAUAGCGGAACUGAAAGCAAGCUUCCUCCAGAGUCAGUUUCCUGAUGAUGCAGAAGUCUACCGACUCAUCGAGGUCACUGGCCUCUCCAGGAGUGAGAUCAAGAAAUGGUUCAGUGAUCACAGAUAUAGGAGCCAAAGGGGCAUCGUCCAUAUCACCAGCGAGUCCCUCGCCAAAGACCAGCUGGCCAUUGCGGCUGCCCGGCAUGGACGUUCCUACCAUGCAUACCCGGACUUUGCGCCACAAAAAUUCAAAGAAAAAACACAGGGUCAGCUUAAAGUGCUGGAAGAUAGCUUCAUGAAAAGUUCUUUCCCCACCCAAGGAGAACUGGAUCGGCUCCGGUCUGAAACCAAGCUGAGCAGGAGAGAAAUUGAUACCUGGUUUUCAGAGAGGAGAAAGCUCAGGGACAGCAUGGAGCAAGCUGUCUUAGACUCCAUGGGAUCCAGCAAAAAGAACAAAGAAGUGGUGGUCCCCAAUGGCACGUUAUCUCGACUGGACCAGCUUUCUAGCGUCCAGCUAGCCAGUUCUCUCUCUAGCCCCUCUCCAGCUAUGAUGAAGAACCAGGAACAAAUUCAUCUUCUGAAGAGUACCUUUGCAAGAACCCAGUGGCCCACCCCACAGGAAUAUGACCAGUUAGCAGCAAAAACGGGUCUGAUCAGAACUGAAAUCGUGCGUUGGUUCAAAGAGAACAGAUGUUCAUUAAAGACUGGAACCUUAAAGUGGAUUGAUCAGUACCAACAGCAGCAUGCUAUGGAUGGCCACAGUAAUGAGUCCGUCCUGAGAAAAGGAACCCCACACCUCACUGAAAGUCCAAAGAAUGGGGGUGAGCUGGUUCAGCAAUAUUUCAAGGACCACAAAAAGCUGAGUGAAGAGGAUUUGGACAAACUGGUGACCACGGCAAAAGUGGGUUGCGAAAAGGCCAAAGACUCCUUGCCAGGCAAGACAACAGAGGCCACUUCGGACAAAUCUGAAGGUAACAGCCGGGAUGGUCAUGGCAGUGAUGAGAAUGAGGAGGCUGAUGUUGUGGACUGGGUAGAGGUGACGGUUGGGGAGGACGAUGGCAUCUCAGACUGUACAGAUAGCUGGAGCCAAGCAGCGCCAGAGGGUCGAGCGGAGUCGGCCAAUUUUGAUUCUGAUUCUGAAGGUGUAACUGAAGACACUGGCCACGUUUAGACAGGGAAACCAGUCAGACCUACUGUCCCGAUCAUUAGUGGGGCUCUGUCUUUGAAGAGAGCAGAGAACUUCACUCUUCCUGCCUUUGGACAAGAUUGCCAAGGACCGAUGACUCCAAGUUGAACUGCUCUGGCGUCUGCCUCUCCAUGGCCUCCAUUCUCAAGGAGCACUCAUCGGGUGGAAUUGUUCAUAGUGCCAAAGUCCUACUACUGCAUUUUCAAAGGGUCCUUGUAAAUAGAUUGCUCCUCCCUUCCCCUGCCUCACUCCCCUCUUCCGUGCCCCCAAUCUCUUGCGAUACUGGAAUCGAUUUGUACAACGUGGCCAUUUUGUUACCUUUUUAAAUCGGCUCGAGUUACUUUUACAGAUCAUACACUUGCAAGGUUUUUUGGAGGGAGGCUGGUAAUGUGUGCUUUUUUUUCUUUCUCUUCCUUUUUUUCCUUGGUUUUUGUUUUUUUUAGAAUUAGCAACCACUAUAUCUGCAUCUGGGUUUGGGGGGGAUUCUCAUUAUUUUGUUUCAUUUUUUUAGACCUAGUUUGGAAUUGGAGGAGAUUUUCCAAUGGGGUGUGCGGAGAAAUCUCCUUUUAGUUUAUCCCAGAGGUGGCUUAUAAUCAGAGCUGCCUCAAACCCGGUCCUAGCCCCUUUUCUUUCCCAGCUGUUUGCAUGGGACUCCCUGCUGUAGCUCUCCACAAAAGGCUUUCUGCACUGCUGGGAGUGGGGGGCUGAUUGCCUAACUACUGUAUGUCCCCGGCCACGCUCUUGGCCCAGCAAGCAUCCCAAGAGCUGCAUGGCAUGCACCUGUCCUUUUAAAGCACCUUUUUUAUAUAAAAGGAGGAAGGGCUCCAAUGUUUCUUAGGAUUUUUUUUCCUGAGAUGGAAUUCAUCAUGCCUGGAUGGCAUCAAGAUGACCUGAAAGAAGGAUUCCAGAGUUUCUUGGUUUGUUUGUUUUUUCUGAAAUGGAAUUCAUCAUACCUGGAUGGCACCAAGAUGACCUGGAAGAAAGAUUCCAGUGUU